AUGUGUAGAGAAAGAGAGAGAAGGAAAAAAAAUGUUCCACAGAUUUUGAUCAAUAAUCGUCGAUGCAGGUUCUCUACAACCACUUCCACACUGGCUUCGCUUCUCUUCCGGGCGUCGCCCAUCGACCCGGCCCUUCAUCCCCCAUCGCCCUCGACCUCGCAAUCAAACGACCUCCCGUAUAAUCCUCCGUCGUCCUCCAUUGACAGCCAGUCUAUAUCCCGUCAGUCGACAACGGAUACUGCGCCUGGGGCAUCGUCAGCAUCGUCACAGUAUUCCACGACACUCCCCGAGCUGGCUUCGAGUUCACUGGAGAAAAGUCCGGAGGACAGCACCAGCAGUAGCAGCGGAUUUCCCAGCUCUCUCGGCCCUUCACUACCUGGUCUAUCCGUCCUCGCCUCGGUCGCAUCCGCACCUACCUCGAAUCUACGAACUUCGAGUAGCGAUGCGCAUCCCAGUAUGGCUAAUAUGACUUACGCGACAUCAUCCCCGGCUGCAACUACUGGAGGACAAGGCAACAAUCCGCCUAUCUGCCAGAAUUGCGGGACUUCCAAGACUCCCUUAUGGCGCAGAGACGAACUUGGGUCCGUCCUUUGCAACGCCUGCGGUUUGUUCCUCAAACUCCAUGGAAGACCCCGUCCAAUCAGCCUCAAAACAGAUGUGAUCAAGAGUCGCAAUAGGGUCAAGACCGCUGGGCAGGGGCCGAAGCGUAAAUCUGGUAGCGCUGCCGAUGGAAAUGGCUUGUCCUCCUCCAGAUCAGAGGCAGGCACUCCCCCGCUAGGCCCCCAGGUAUAUCGUCGCGCGUCGCGGAAGAUGUCGCCGGGCCAUUCAGACCGAUCCAACUCCCCCGUCCCCCGAACGGAGACUCCUGGAAUUCCUCCCAUGCACCAGCCACAUACCCAACAACACCACAAUUCUAACAUCGCGCCCCAGCAUAUGUUUGAUAGUGUGACCCUCGAAAAUCACACCCUUCCUCCCCCGAAUUCUCUGCCUCCUGUUCAGCUACGUCAGCAAUCUCCUACGUCUACAUCUGCACCUGUGGAUCGCCAUCAUGAAUCCCCUCAGACCUACGAAGACCUCUUGGCUGCGAAUACCUCGUUGAAGACUCGUGUGAGCGAGUUGGAGCUUAUCAAUGGCCUGUUCAGGGGACGUGUCGCGGAACUCGAGCAGAGCGAUGCAACUGCGCGUCGGUCUGAGAUGAUCGUACGCGACUCGGAAGUGCGCCUGCGGCGGUCUCUUGAUGAGGCUCAGCGCCGAGAGGAAGAACUCAAACGACGCAUAGCCGAAUUGGAACGACAAUUUGUCGAACACUCAAAUGAUCGAAAUCACUCCGCCCACGACAACCCUCUAGAGCCAUUGGCCAAACGCAUGAGGCUGUCUGAUGUGGUGGAGCAACCCUGUAAUUCCCCUGCCAGAUCUCCCAAGAGCGUCUAA